AAAAUUGUGAAUCUCGCAAUUGUCUUAAUUUUGCAUUUGAGCAUUGCUCCAUCUAGCUUCGAUAGAAUAACGAUGUGCCGGAUCCCAUAACAUCUAACGAUUCGCUUAAAGCACUGUCCAACGAUUUACCAUGGACUUUGUAUGCAUAGGUCUUUGUAAAUUAUGAAACAGCGGUCUGUAAGAACAUUAGCACACACCAAUCAAAUCCGAGUCCGAUAAAAAUGGAAAACCCAUACGAUAAGCUUAACUCGACCAAUACGAGCCUACUGGAGCAAAUGCAGCUACAAUUUGAGGAGCAGCUACAAGUUAAUUAUGGACCUGUACACGAUCCAUUAUACGUAGUCAUUCCCAUUAGCAUAAUCUAUGCAUCGAUCUUCGUAACCGGUACAGUUGGCAAUAUCAGCACUUGCAUCGUCAUUUCGCGCAACAAAUCCAUGCACACCGCGACGAACUAUUAUUUAUUCAGUUUGGCGAUCUCGGACCUAUUGCUCCUCGUAUGUGGCAUGCCUGUGGAGAUCUAUCAAGUUUGGUCUAAAUAUCCUUAUGUGUUCGGUGAGGUGUUUUGCGUGUUAAGGGGACUAGCCGCCGAGACAUCAACCAAUGCUUCAGUCCUAACCAUUACGGCUUUUACCGCCGAGCGCUAUGUGGCUAUCUGUCACCCUUUCCUAUCGCAAACCAUGUCAAAACUUUCACGCGCCGUUAAAUUAAUAUUGUUUAUAUGGCUGAUCGCUUUGAUUUGCGCCAUACCGCAGGCCUUGCAAUUCGGAAUCGUGCAAUUUGCAAGCAGACCAGAGGACGUUGUGUGCCAUUUUAAGCAAGUUAUUGUAGAACAUUCGUUUGAGCUGUCGACAUUUUUAUUUUUCAUAAUACCGAUGACUUUGAUCAUGGUACUGUAUAUGCUAAUAGGCCUCAAAUUGCAAAGAUCUACGUUAAUCAAGAGCAACAGCCGGCAGCAGCAUAAGAGAUCCGACAGUUCGAAAAUUAAAAUCGGUAGUUCACGGAUUGACCGACAUUGCAAGCAUAGCAGAUCUACAAGAAGAGUUCUCAAGAUGUUGGUUGCAGUUGUAGUGGCCUUCUUCAUCUGUUGGGCGCCAUUUCAUAUGCAACGGCUGAUCGCUAUUUAUAGUAGAACAGAACAUUAUUCCACGGAAAGAAAUAAUUGGCUACGACUGCUUUAUGUGAUUUUCACAUACGUAUCCGGAGUGCUCUACUACUUCUCCACAACUAUCAAUCCAAUUUUGUAUAAUAUUAUGUCAAACAAAUUCCGAGAAGCUUUUAUGGAGACUUUGGCGAGAAGCUGUAGAAUGUCGCGCUCCUCGAUGCCACGUGAGCGCCGCUCCUAUUCGUCCUUGUCACGCUCCCAGCAGCGGAACCUGGGUGCCUACCCUUCAAGAGCAACUGCCAACAGCGUGGUUAGUGCAAUAGUCCAGGUACAAAACUCACCGUUGAAAUCCCUACAACAAUGUGACGUUUUGAGUAACCGCAUAGGAACACCGACCGAAGGCUCAAAAAAGAAAUGGUGGUGUCUUCUCAACUGGCUCCCAGGUUUGAAAAACAUUAGGCCGUCGCACAAUUUAAGUCAAGCAGUCCCAGACGAGCUAAUAGCCGACUCCGAACAUAGUCCGUCAAAGCAACAGGACGAAUACUUUUUGCAGUUGAACACCAUCGAGGCGGAGGACGAAUCCUGCAAACCGGUAUGAUGGAGCGGGAACUUCGCGUCGCCUUUAUCUUUAACUAACGAAAUCUUCAUUUUGUGAAAUUAUUCAAAUAGCAGGAUAAAACAAUAGAUACGUGUGUCGAGUAAUAACUAUUGUGGACAUUUAUUUACACUAUAUUAGAGAGAAAGACAUAAUAUAUUCUAAC